UCAGUCAAGUUGCAAAAAUAACUUUGCGGAUGAGUUUCGCGCACGUUUAAAUACCAAAUAAAGAAGUUUAGUGAAUAAAUCUGAAUUCCAUUCAAGUGAGGAUAGCUGCAAAAAUCGCUACUUUGUUGCGUGUGUUGAACAGUGCUAAGGAAAAAUGCUUUUGCUCGGUGGAAUUUCGGUUUUGCAAGUUGAAUAGUUUGAUUUCCAGCUUCGAAGAGCUGUAAAAAUUGAUUGCCGAGAAGGUUAAAAGUUGAAAGAAGCUGGCGGAAGUGCGUAGUAGGAAGCAAACUGAGAAGAGAAGCAAGUGGCAAUCAAAAUAGUGGGAUGUUUUUCACUGUGACCUCGGUCUGUGCCGUUGCGAAGUGUUAACAAGUUCUUUAUUUGCUGCGCUUUGUGAGUGUUCAUUUUUUUCCUCUAAAAGGAAUUAGUGUCGGAAGGUAUCCGUCGAAGAUCUUGUGAAGCGACAGUCGGAGCUGGAAUUUAUAAAAAAAAGUAACACGGUCUCAUCAGCAAGCAAUUGAAGUAAACCAUCAUGCAGUGAAAUGGGUUGGUUUGGUGGUUUAACACGCGGCGAAAGUAGGAUGAUCUUGUGAAAAAGAAACUUUUUCUAGAACAAAGUUGCAAACAAAAGCUGUGUCAAUCAGCAUACAUAUAUCGUCCCGUCGUGGAAGAGUUGGAGAACCCCGAAACCGCAGUGCUAAGUUCGGCCUCAAGCAAUCUGCAGAGUGGAAGAAGCAAAAUUGCCGGUGCUGAAUGCGGUGCUAAGAUCGCUACCGAACGUUGCUGUUCCGGUGCCGGUGGUUGUACGCGGUGCUGUUGCUGCUGUUGCUGCGGCGGAUGUUGCGACGAUUCGCGCAGGCAACGCUCUAAACAGCGGGCCAGUGUUUCUGGCCACCGGAGGACGCACAGUGGCGGCGAUAGCGUCGGCGGCACUGGUGCUACUAUGGAAACGACGCACCUGGUGACGGAAUUCAUUACGCAUACCGGUGCGAACGCACAGGACGCCGUCAGCUGUCUCAAGUCGUGGGAGUGGGAUCUGAAGAAGGCCCUCAUCGAUUACAAUGACACAUCAACGACCGAGUAUUUUAACAACAAGCAAAACGACAAUGAGAUAGUAAUGAAAGCACAAACCAGUACAUCACCUGCAUUACUCCCAUCGUUGGUGGCUACAACAGGCACUACGUCAACACUACUGCAACAACAUCAACAACAGAAACAACAACAACAACAACAGCAGCAGCAGCAACAACAGCAGCAAUCGCCAUCUGCCAGUGGCUCAUCAUACAAUAAUCAACAUCUACCGCAUGCCAACAACGGCUCUGUCGGCUUUCAUCUUCCCCACAAGCACCAGCCGGUAGGGGCACGAUCCAGCAACAACAGCAAUACCAGCAGUAGUGGCGGCGGCGGGUACGGCGAUUACGGAUCGUCCGCAGGUCAUCGUCAUCUGCCAGUCGUGGUUGGCCACAAUCGCAAUGGAACAACCGGUCUGCUGAAACCAAUGCUCACCAAAACAGACUCAAUAGACGUUUUCGACUGUAAGAAACUGGAACGUGGCAUCUCGCGGGCAACGGAAAAUGUAACCCUGGUGUCCCGGGCUCGGCAGGAGUUCGAGAUGGACUUCCACACCCACUGUCACGAGCAGAACGAGAAGAAUCUGAACUUCAUCGACACUCCGGACUACACCUUCACGCUGCCGGAUCUGACCAAAUACUCGGAGGAAUUUCGGAAAUUCCUUGAAAAAGACCUUAUCGAAAGUUCUACGCUUAACUCACUCGAAGCAACUAAUCGUUUGAAUUGGUGGUACGAUUCUGGCGUCUGUCGGAAGCUGUGGCCGUUGGCUACAACAGGCGAUGGCAACUGCCUGCUGCACGCUGCAUCGCUCUCGAUGUGGGGUUUCCACGAUCGGCGGCUUACGUUGCGCCGUACCCUGCACGACAUUCUCUCGAAGGAGGAAUUUCGGGACGCCCUGUACCGGCGAUGGCGUUUUCAGCAGACCCGCCUCAACCGGCAAGCCGGAUUUGUGUUCUGCGAAACCGAAUGGGCCAAAGAGUGGGAGGAAAUAGUGGCGAUUGCCUCGCCCGAACCCCGACGCAACUCGAAAGCGGCCUCCCGGAGGCGAUCGUUGCUGAUCGAGAAGAGCCUGGAUGUCGGAGGUGGAGCUUCGUCACUGGACGAUGAAAGCGCUACUUACGAAAGCUUGGAGGAAAUUCAUGUGCUUGCGUUGGCACAUAUUCUACGGCGGACGAUAAUCGUGGUGUCGGAUGUUUUCUUGAGAGACAUGAACGGCGAAGCCUUCUCGCCAAUUCCCUUUGGCGGAGUGUAUUUACCAUUCGAAGUACCGUCGAACGAGUGCCAUAGAGCGCCACUGUUGUUGGCGUACGAUAUGGCGCACUUUUCAGCUUUGGUAGCAAUGGAAACGGCUGGCGAUUAUCCACCGGCGUUGAUCCCACUGGUUGACGCUAGCAAUCAGUUAUUGCCGAUUCAAUUCUGCAUUGAUCCUGGACCGGAUUUUGAUUGGAGACAGUAUGAUGGAAGCGACGGUAACUGGGUGCUUACUGACAGAGAGCACGUUGCUCUACUGAAGGAGUAUUUGGAUAUAGUUUAUGCGCCGGCGGCAGAUAAUAGCCCUGAUGAUGACAUCUAUGAUGACUACUCCGAUGAAGAGUACGAGAAAAAGAUUGCUGACGGAGAGAUAGUUUUCUCCGACGAGAAUCAUAACAGUGGGACGAGCUCAACCAAUUUGGCGGCGAUGAGUGCAUCGAACCAAUCGCUUCCUCCGUUCCCGCCCGGUUCGCAGAGUGGUAGCGGAAGCAGUUCCAGUGGGAAAAGCAAAGCGGCAAAACAGCUUCAGAGUGUUGCCAAACAGUUCGGAAGCAUCGGAAAGAGUAUGAGCAAGAAGCUGAAGAAGAAUAUUGGUUCGAUAACGAGAAUUGGAAGUAAGAGUGGGCAACAUAAAAAGUCCAGUCUUUCGUCGGACAAGUCCUCUCGAGGAGACUAUACUAAGUUUCGAAUUCUAUGUGCUACGCUCAAGGCUCGACGACAUGAGUACCAGGAGGAAAUGAUCAAAAAUUAUUUGGAGUGUGCUCAGGAACGGUUUUUGGAAAUGGAGCGAUUGCGAGAACGUAAAGAACUGGAAAAGUUGAGCAAAUAUGUUGAUCCCGGCCAGGACGUUUGUGACUAUGGUGGAGCGGUGGACAAUGGAACAGAUCUGGUUAACUGCAUCAAUGCGGGUUGUCUUAAUUAUGGCACAGUUGCUACCAGCUACAUGUGUUUAGAUUGUUACGAAACACAGCGACAACGAGAAUCUCAAUCGUGCAACGCCGUUGAUUACAUGCCACGAUAUGGAACCGGCAAAUCCAAGUUCUAUACCCAAGCGGAUAUGGAAAGCCAUGACCGAAUUCAACGAUUGCCUUCUGUACGGCGUUUGAAUGAACUGGAUCAGACACUGUACUUAUCACGUUCAACAUUCUACAAUGACAAACGAGCUCAGCCAAUCAGCACUUCUGCUGGGCAAUCUUCGUCCAAUUACCGACACGGAUUCAGUCCUACGGAACGAACACCUACCACACCAGUAACAAAAAGCAAUCCCGCUUCGGACUACUCCAACUGUGCCAAACAGGCCACGGCUACUUCGGGAGGAAUAGUCGCCACACUCUACUCACCGGGAAGCACCAUUCUAAACCGGGCUUCGUCCAGUGGAAUGUGCGUUUCCCUUCCUCCCGUUUCGGCCAUCAGUCCCGUGCUUCAACACCAACCGCCACAACUUCCCAGUGCAUCUUCCUCGUCCGGAAUGUCAUCGUCCUCGUCUUCCGGAUCGAACACAUCGGAAACAACGCUGCAGCGACAACAACAGCAGCAGCAGCAGCUGCAGCAACAACAAGCGAUAACCAGUAGCCACUAUGGUAAAAAUCAGAUGUGCCGAACCGAGGGCUGCAAGUUUUACGGCAGCAUCAAUACGAACUUCUACUGCUCCAAGUGCUGUCAGGAGUAUAAUAUUUAGAGUCAAAUGUACGUGCCCAGUCUGUUGUGCCAGGUAAAUGAAAGAAUCAGAACGAGAGAGAGAGAGAGAGAGAGAGGAGAAAGAUUGUUGUUAUACUUAUCAUGCAUUGGAAAUUGUUCAAUUCUUUUCUAUUUACGCAAGCUGGAAACGAUGUUUCGUGUCAAUCCGAAACGAAAUAAUGUUUUCUUUGUUUUGGGAUUUGUUACUAAAAGCAUACUAUGAAUGCGAAUGUUGUUUUGUUGAUUAUACAGAAAGGCAUUCGGAAACAGACCACAGUACCAGUAAAAGUGACCUUUUUACCGGAAACAAAAUAUUAUAUCUACUUGAAAGAUGUUUUUUGCGUCAAAAGUUUUUAUCGUUUACUGCUUUAUUGCUCUUAAACCAUCUUCAUAUGGAUGUUAAGAUUUACUUAAAGAUUGAGAGCUAGGACUGAAGCACUUCGUUCCAGGGUGCCAGGAGGUGCUUUUUAUUGUCAUCUCUUGUACAUAUGUAAUGGACUGCAAAUCUUCAAGCCCUCUAUCAGUUAAUAAGCAUUCAAAAAACUAUUGCCAAGGAAUGUUAUAUUUUUUGAGUUGUCUUUCGAUUUCUUAGAAAGAUGAUUUUAAAACAUAUUUUAAGGCAAAAUUGCGUUUUCUUUUUGUUUCUUUCAUCACUUUUAAACUUGCUUGAAAGUUUUUUUUAAUUUUUUAUUGUAUUUCGUUAGACAAUAUCUGAGAACCUGUCUGUGUCUGUUUCCCUCUUUUUAUAACUGUUUCUGUGGAAAAAAAAAUAUUUUACUCUAUUCCUGUUACUUGUUGGCUGAAACUAAAAAUAAUGGUACGCGAUUUUCCAACAAAAUCGCAAGCAAACUGAAUUUAUGGAACUGGUUUCAGCUGAAUUUCGAACUUAAUCGUGGUCGUUCAAUACCAGAGCUCAUAUAGUAGAGUCUAUUUCUGCCCAGUGUUACAACCUCCUUGUAUGUUAUGCCUUGUACAGUUAUUAUAUGACAGAAAUCUGUUGAAAACCAAAGAGCUGAUAUUACACUACUAUGCUUCCAAAAAAGCUUCUUCUUUAAGACAUAGUAAUCAACGCCAGCCUAAACGAUGUAAAACAUAUCUUGAACCUGUAUUGGAGAAACCAUCAAAUAUAUGAGAUAAUUUAAUAAAAAAAAUGCUUCGACGCUUGAAGGAACAAAAAUUAUGCAUGAAUAUUCGUAAGCCAAAACCAAACCAAGGACAGCAGACGCAAUGAACUGUUGCAUGAAAACCCAACAGUGUGUGACAUUUGUUGAAUAUGUAUAACUGCAUGUGUUAGCGAUGCUCUCCGUAGUACAGAGUGAAACGGUCCAGAGGAGUGCGAAACGACGGUUAUGAUUUUUAAGUGUGCCUUUUAGUUUCUAAUUCGACGUGUUUACUAGCAUAGUAAGAUGUAAUAAGGUAACAAAAGCGAUUUAACCAAAACAGCCAAAAAAACGAAAUUAAACUUCGAAGCGAAGGUGUCAUUUCGACUACUACAUAUAUAGGAGUUAUCUAUUUUGGAGCUGAUUGCCCUUCAAAAGACCAACAAACAAACAAACAAAAUAAAUAAAGCAGUCGCUGUUUUUCAUCAAAAUCCAAGCUAGUCGCCCAAUUUCAAUCGUGCAAGCAAUCAACGCAAGAAGUCAUGAUUUCAGCUUUGAGUUUAUAUGGAUAUUUAUUUCCUGUCUCAUCACAAACUAUUGAUUUGCCGGUGGAUGAAAGUGCUUGUCGAGUAAACGGAUUUUGUUAGCCAUAGAAGCAGGAAAAUUUGUAUCUUAAUAUACAGCCGAGCGAGAAUAUGUAGAACCCAUGUACCGACUAACAAUAUAAACAGAAAUAAUAUUUUCAGCUAGUUGCGAUGUGUUUUUAAAAUACAAUCUAACAAUAACAGGAAACAAAAAAAAUGAUCAGAUGUAGCAAACCGUAGAAGCAGAAAGCGAGAAGAGAGGAAACUUCCGUAUAUGAUGCAUAUAGAAUAGAGUCAGUAAGUGAUACUAGGAAAAGCAAAGAAAAGCGUAAAUUAUACAUACAUACUAUAUUUAUUGUAUUUCAGCGAAAGGAAAUCAAAGAUGACAAAAAAUAGUGUAUAAGAAAGAAAUUAAAUACAGGAGCGAAUGAAUCCCUUGUUGAGCUACCAAAUACUAAAAAAAACAGAAGAUCAUGAUUGA